AUGAUGAAGCUCCUGGCCGUCGCUUUGGUGGUUCUUGUCUGCAUUUCAGUCGCAGUCGUAGAUGGAAGAAAGAACAAGAGAGGGAAGGACCGUCUCGAGCAUUUGGAGAAGCGAAGAGAGUUCCCUAGGAACAGAGUGAAGGGAAAACCAAAUGUUGUUGAACCCAGUAAUGACGCUGUUGCUAAUAAGGUAGGGAAUAAUGUAAAAAAAACUUCACGAAUCAGUUGUAUUAAACCGCUGGAAUGUUUCUAGUUAAGGAGACCUUUAUAUUGCGCAUAACAACUGUGAAAUUCAAACUGAAGGUAGGGAAGUAUUUUCGAAAUACGUCGAACUGGAGAACUUGAGUUUUCAAUGUCUCAGUGUUGUUUGACAUAUAAACUCGGCACAACUGACUCGAGCGCUUUUUUUUUCUUCUUACGCGACUACACACAAGAUCCAAGCCAUUAUGGAGCUUUCAAUUGCUCUGCAACAGUUUGCGAUGAUUCAAAGGAUUUCGCUAAAGUAACAGUAGAUUCGCAUUUGUUUUUUCCGCUUAGUACGCUUGAAGGAAUCCGUCGCUUCGACUGAGUCUGGAAGCCCAGUUUAAUUUAUACGAAACGCUUAUUAAGGCCCCCAAUUCAAUCUUUACUAUUUUCUAAUGCUGUUGCAGUUUUGUGGCUUUUUGGUGCAACACAGAUUAUGAAAUCGUUAGAGAUGAUAGCAUUGACGAAAAGCACGGUGUUGCGGUUUUUAUUAGUUCGCGAAGACGGACGCAGAUUCUGCUGCGGCUUUGUACGACUUUACCAAAUAACAUGCAAAUAUGCGCUCCCCUCAAAUGUUUAUACAAAGUAUUGAUACUCUAAGAAUAAAAAUAACUGAUACGGUUUUUUAGAUGCUUAUAACUUAUAAACAUAAACCUUAGUAUAAAACUAGAAAGGUUCAUCUCUCGCAUAGUUGGUAACUGAAAUCUAAACAGAAAAGACCAGUUUGGAAGUAGAUAUUAAUGAAGUACCGUGCGUUUUUGCUUUGUGCUGACUAUAUAAUGCUAUGAUUAGUUGAGGUUCAGUAAUCAACAGAAUUUCUUCUAAAUGAAAGAGACUUUAUAUUUAAAGUUCAAACAUACUCAAUAUGGUUGCAAUGCUUCUCAAAAAAACAAAGCACAUCAAGGUAAAGAGGCAUUCAUCUUAAGUUUGUCUUGAAAGUAGCUCCUACUAUACUUGUAAACUAAUUAGUGAAAGAUCGAUGAACUAACAAAAACAAACGGAGUAGCUUAUAUUUGCAUCCCCAAGAGAUCAUAUAAUGCUAAAUGCAUGUUACUUCGACGCCAUUGAAGAAAGUGAGACGAAAGUCAUAAAGUAAUAAUUAUUGAAACUCAUGGCCACUUCAAAUCGAUCAUUUUCCUGUUCGAGUCAUGUCCACUUAGUUAGUGUUCUAGAUCUAAAUACUAGAUCGGGUAUACAGUGUAUCAUAUAUUUUAAAAAAACCUUUUUUUGGUAGCUGAUAUCAUGUGAUGUAUACAGCAGUCAUAGCGCGGAAUAUUUGUUGUGUUAGAAAAUAGAAAAUGAUGAUAUCAUGAAAUCUCGGAAUGUUAAACACUUUUGUAUUGUACACCACCACGAAACCUAAAGAUAUCAACCUCACUAAACAAUAUUAGAUUUUGCAUUUUAAUGAAGAUUGUUAUUGCGCAGUAUUGAUCAAGUUGAAAACGCUUAUAUUGCAGCUUCUCUUUUUCUACUUGUAACGGCUAGCAUGCAGGUAACCGGGUAUCAAUAGCGUCCUAUAAACUGCUCAACGCAUCGAUAUUAAAUCAAAGAAGAGAAUUUACAAAACCAGUUCGAAGGCGUGUUUAGCAGUUACGCCUAGGCUCUUAGUAGAUCAUAGUUUUAUUAUAUUACGCAACAAAAAUGUUGUGAUUGGCGGACGCUUUCUGCGAUUUUGCAUGAAUUUGGUAUGUCUGUCACACCAAGGGUUAUGAUUAGAUUUGCUGCUCGGUUUUUGAUGUUUGUUUUUUUAGUAAUCUCCUCCCUUUGUCAAGUUUUUGUUAUUUCUUUUUAAAUUUAGUUGAAAACCUUUUAUUAUAUUUUACACUGAAUGGAAAAAAAAUAAUGAGCGCUUACACACUAAAAGUAUUUAGAAGCAAAAGGAUUAUCUGCUUCUCAGUAGAGACUUCCCUCAGAGUCUUAUAUACGAAUUGCUAUAUUCAAUUAAAUUAAAGUUAAUAAAUUGACUGCGACGGUUAUCAGCGCUUUCUGAUCUGAAGUAGAAAGAGGAGAAGAUUUGUCUAUGAAUGUACAAUUAGUAGACAUUUAGCUGUCUUUGUAAAUGUCCAGUUUUUUCAGUGACUUAGCCUUUUGUAAUGCAACCAAAGCUUUAAUGCUUGCGUUUAUUGCCAAGCAAAUCAAUAAGUCAGUAACAUAAGGGUCAACAAGGAAUUUUUCUUAACAAUCCCUAAUCCUGGCCUUCAAAUAAGCCAAAUCCGGGAUUCCGAUAAAUGUACUGGGACAUGGCUUCGGUAACAAUACAUCAUCUCUUAACUGUAAUGAUCCCAAAAAACUCGCAUUGUGAUAUUUUGAGUAAAAUUACAUCGUUCUUGCAGAAGGAGGACGCCAAGGCAGGUCCGGUCAUUAGCAACGAUGCAAAGGCUCAAAAAGCUCAGAAACCCUCACAUGAAGAUAAACGAGACUUCAAAAAUCAUCACAAGAAACGCGAAUUCAAGCACAACCAAGCUAAGCUUGACCUGGACCAAAUGGAGAACGUCCACAAGCGUCACCAUGGCAACAAGUUUGAUAUGCAUCCCAAUGACGUCAGAAUGAUCAGGAAGGGAAAAAUGAGUCGUGAAAUGUUGGUAGAUAGAGAUCUACCGGAGGCAGAGAUCACAAAACGAAUGAUGAAACUCAUGAAGAAGAGGGCUAAACAUCAGAUGAGGAACCAUAGCCACCAGAAGAGUCGUGAUCAGAAGCGCCGCUUAAAGGAAAAUGCUCCUUAA